GUAAAUUCUUCUAAAAAUACAAACAGCGAAUUAUAUGACGUAUCGAUCGACUUCUAGGGACGUCACCCUCUUUCGUUAGUGAUAUAUUAAUUGGUUAACGAUAAAAUGGGAAGUUUACCAACACCAGGAGAAUCAGAACGGAUAAGUGUAUCUUUGCCACCUAGUGGAAAUUCCAGGGAUUUUCUGAUUAAUCCAGUUCGAUUCGCUGUGUUCAAUCCAUUUGACCCAAACGGGAGAAGCAAAUUGAAGACGAACAUCAACGAAAACCUGACUUUUUUCCAAACCAACUAUUAUCUGACGAUCCUGUAUACGUAUUGCUUGGCCAUUUUGACUUUUAUAGUGGCCGAGUUUGUCGGAGGAGUCAUUGCCUGUAUCUUAACAACGAGCCUGAUUUUGACCAUUGUAUACUUGAGCGGUACAGGUCGACUGGAAAUAUCCCUCAACUGUGGACUCCAACACUUCCUGACACCUGCUUGUGUUGCAGCUGUCUUGACGGGUGUUUUGCUAACAUGUGUCACCCACAUGUAUGCAUUUUUCCUACUGUCCCUCGGGAUAGUUAUCUCGAUGUUUCCUGUGCUGCUGCAUGCUUCUCUACGAGUAGCGAAUACAAAGAACAAUGUGACGGUGAAAGUGGAAUACUCUGAUUUAACUACAGUCCUCUCUGAAUUAAGCAAAGGAAUCAGCAAAAAAGUACUGGUAAUGUGGACAGUGACGGGCAUUGCUGCCUUGUACUGCAUGUACAAUUCAUAUACGUGGUUCAUGCUUAGUCUGGCUUUUAUACUUAUAUUAGUAGAUCAUCUUUAUGUAUCCUCUAUGUUGUGAUAUAACAAAAAAACGGCGGUCUUUUCAUCAAUAUUACAGGCCUCAGACCACAGAAAACUCUUCCAGUUCGUAGUGCUUUUCUCAAUUUUUAGAGUUGUAUUUUAAUGAUCUUUAUUUCUUUCGUACGAAUGAAAUUAAAUACUAUGGGUCAAGAAAAUUUAAUUUCAUAAUUUGUCAGCUUCGAAAUCAUGCUAGCAACCUAAAUAGUGACCUGUAUAUGGAUCAUUUGAACACAGCAAUUAGAUGUGGACAUGAAAAUGAAUGCCCACUCUAUGAUAACAUGUUAAUUCUUGGUAACUUAUCCUACAUCCAGUGCGUGUAUGGCCAAUGUGUUUAU